GUGAGCUCUGGGGCUGCCGGCCUUUCCGCACCCCCUGGUCGCCUCAUGCUGCGGGCCGCGGCUGCCAGCCUCAGUUCCGAUUGGCGGCCCUGAAGCGCCGGGGCAGCGAGCGACAUGUCUGGCGCUCGGACCGCCGACUUCCCCCGCUGGAAGCGCCACAUCUCGGAGGAACUGAGGCGCCGGGACCGGCUGCAGAGGCAGGCGUUCGAGGAGAUCAUCUUGCAGUAUAACAAGUUGCUGGAAAAGUCAGAUCUUCAUUCAGUGUUGGCCCAGAAAUUACAAGCUGAAAAACAUGACAUAUCAAACCGGCAUGAGAUAAGUCCCGGACAUGAUGGCACAUGGAAUGAUAGUCAGCUACAAGAAAUGGCCCAGCUGAGGAUUAAACACCAAGAAGAACUGACCGAAUUACACAAGAAGCGUGGGGAGUUAGCUCAGUUGGUGAUUGACCUGAAUAACCAAAUGCAGCAGAAGGACCGGGAGAUGCAAAUGAAUGAAGCAAAAAUUGCAGAAUGUUUGCAGACUAUCUCAGACCUGGAGACAGAGUGCCUAGAACUGCGCAGUAAGCUUCAGGACCUUGAAAGAGCCAACCAGACCUUGAAGGAUGAAUAUGAUGCCCUGCAGAUCACUUUUACUGCCUUGGAGGAGAAACUGAGGAAAACUGCUGAAGAGAACCAAGAGCUGGUCACCAGGUGGAUGGCUGAGAAAGCCCAGGAAGCUAAUCGCCUCAACGCGGAGAAUGAAAAGGACUCUAGGAGGCGGCAAGCCCGGCUACAGAAGGAGCUUGCAGAAGCAGCAAAGGAACCUCUGCCGGUUGAACAGGAUGAUGACAUUGAAGUCAUUGUGGAUGAAACCUCUGAUCACACUGAGGAGACUUCUCCUGUGCGAGCCAUCAGCCGAGUAGCCACUAAGCGACUCUCGCAGCCUGCUGGAGGCCUUCUGGAUUCUAUCACUAAUAUCUUUGGUCUGUCCGAGUCUCCCCUUUUGGGACAUCAUUCAUCUUCUGAUGCUGCCAGGAGACGCUCUGUCUCUUCCCUCCCAGUCCCACAGGAUAAUGCAGAUACUCAUCCUGGUUCUGGUAAAGAAGUGAGGGUACCAACUACUGCACUGUAUGUCUUUGAUGCACACGAUGGGGAAGUCAACGCUGUGCAGUUCAGCCCAGGUUCCCGGUUACUGGCCACAGGAGGCAUGGACCGGAGGGUCAAGCUUUGGGAAGUGUUUGGAGACAAAUGUGAGUUCAAGGGUUCCCUUUCUGGCAGUAAUGCAGGAAUUACAAGCAUUGAAUUUGAUAGUGCUGGAUCUUACCUCUUAGCAGCUUCAAAUGAUUUUGCAAGCCGAAUCUGGACUGUGGAUGAUUAUCGAUUACGGCACACACUCACGGGACACAGUGGGAAAGUGCUCUCUGCUAAGUUCCUGCUGGAUAAUGCACGGAUUGUCUCGGGAAGUCACGACCGGACCCUCAAACUCUGGGAUCUACGCAGCAAAGUCUGCAUAAAGACAGUGUUUGCAGGAUCCAGUUGCAAUGAUAUUGUCUGCACAGAGCAAUGUGUAAUGAGUGGACAUUUUGAUAAGAAAAUUCGUUUCUGGGACAUCCGAUCAGAGAGUAUAGUCAGAGAGAUGGAGCUACUGGGAAAGAUUACUGCCCUGGAUUUAAACCCAGAAAGGACCGAGCUCCUGAGCUGUUCCCGUGAUGACCUGCUGAAAGUUAUCGAUCUGCGAACAAAUACUGUCAAGCAGACAUUCAGUGCACCUGGAUUCAAGUGUGGUUCUGAUUGGACUAGAGUUGUCUUCAGCCCUGAUGGCAGUUAUGUGGCAGCAGGCUCGGCCGAGGGUUCUCUCUAUAUCUGGAGUGUGCUCUCGGGGAAAGUGGAGAAGAUUCUUCCGAAGCAGCACAGUUCGUCAGUCAACGCGGUGGCGUGGUCCCCUUCCGGCUCGCACGUUGUCAGUGUGGACAAAGGAUGCAAAGCUGUGCUAUGGGCACAAUAUUGACGGUGCUCUUGGGGCUGGGAGAAGCUCAGUGCCCUCCUCAGGAGAAACACAUGGACUCCCGCAGCUCUGUCCUGGCAGGAGGUGUGUUGGUUAUAG